UCGGAGCAGUCAGACGUGUGCAGUCAGACCCCGUUGAUGGUGUGCCGGAACUGAAAAUUGAUAAUACAAAAGUGUGUUAUAUUGUACCAGAAAAAAUUAAUAUUUUCUGCCCGGGCUUUUUAUUGGUGUUACUGAACAACAAAAUUUCUAUAGAAGAAAAAAAAUUGCUCUUUUUAAGUGGCGUUUCCUGAUCAUUUAUUUUUCUCACUGAAUCAGUUGAUUUGGUAUUGUGAAAUAUAGUAGAAGUGUGCGGAAUUUUUAUUUUUCGUUUUCUUCCUCGUUCGGUGGUAAUAGUUCGCUGCCGACACACAGAAUAAUUUUUAAGAUAAACUUUGGGGAGAAUUUUUAUUGAUUUUACAUAAAAUAUUGCGUGUUAAGUGAGGUGAAGAAAUACCAAUCUUAUUAACAUGGCUGAUGCUGAUGAUAAUAUGUCCGAAGAGCAGGAGAAUAAAAUUAAUCUACGACAACGAGGUCGUAAGGGUGCAUUGAAAAAGAAAAACAUCUACAAUGUUAAGGAUCAUCGAUUUAUACCAAGAUUCUUCAAGCAGCCGACGUUCUGUUCGCAUUGUAAGGAUUUUAUAUGGGGUUUUGGAAAACAGGGAUUCCAAUGCCAAGUGUGCUCGUUCGUUGUGCACAAAAGAUGUCACGAAUAUGUCACUUUCAAAUGUCCUGGAGCAGAUAAAGGAGCAGAUUCUGAUGCUACACGCACCAAACACGAAUUUAAAGAAUGCUCUUAUUCAAGUCCAACAUUUUGUGAUCAUUGUGGUUCCCUAUUAUAUGGUCUAUACCAUCAAGGGCUUAAGUGUUCAGGCUGUACGAAAACCGCAUAAAUGGCAGGGAUAUACAUUUAUUACACCGAGCUUUUGCGAUCACUGUGGAUCACUCUUGCAUGGGCUAGCUCAUCAAGGUCUUAAAUGCCAAGCAUGUGACAUGAAUGUGCAUAAACGAUGCGAAGAAAGUGUGCCAAGCUUAUGUGGAUGUGAUCACACGGAGCGAAGAGGUCGUAUGCAGCUGGGAAUUUCUUGUGUAGGCACCAAGUUGACGAUUGAAGUCAAACAAGGCAGAAAUCUCAUUCCAAUGGAUCCAAAUGGUCUGAGCGAUCCCUAUGUCAAACUAAAGCUUAUUCCAGACAAUGGCGAUAAUGUCAAAAAGAAAACUAAAACAAUUAAGGCUUCAUUGAACCCAGAGUGGAAUGAAACGAUUACGUUCGAUUUAAAACCAGAAGAUAGAGACCGGAGAAUUUUGAUUGAAGUAUGGGAUUGGGAUCGAACAUCUAGAAAUGACUUUAUGGGUUCACUAUCGUUCGGCAUAUCGGAAAUUAUCAAGAAUCCAGCCGAAGGUUGGUUCAAACUUUUGACAGCUGAAGAAGGAGAAUUUUAUAAUGUUCCUGUUCCGGAAGAAGGAACUGACUUGGUGCAACUUAAAAGUCAGAUGCGUAAAACGUCUAUCACUAAGAAAAUGCCUUCUUCAACCGACAAAGAUCUACCACACAACAUGUCGAAAAAGGAUCUGAUUCGAUCAACCGAUUUCAAUUUUCUUAUGGUACUGGGAAAAGGCUCUUUUGGCAAAGUAAUGCUGGCAGAACGUAAAGGAACCGACGACCUAUUUGCAAUCAAAAUCCUCAAAAAGGAUAUUAUCAUUCAGGAUGAUGACGUUGAAUGUACUAUGGUAGAAAAAAGGGUGUUAGCAUUGCCACAAAAACCGCCAUUCUUAGUUCAGCUACAUUCUUGCUUUCAAACAAUGGAUCGACUGUACUUUGUUAUGGAGUUCGUUAAUGGUGGUGAUUUAAUGUUCCAAAUUCAACAAUGUGGAAAAUUUAAGGAACCAGUCGCUGUAUUUUAUGCCUCCGAAAUUGCCAUAGGACUAUUCUAUCUCCAUUCGCGUGGCAUAAUUUAUCGUGAUUUGAAAUUGGAUAAUGUGCUGCUAGAUGCGGAUGGCCAUAUUAAGAUUGCAGAUUUCGGUAUGUGCAAGGAGGGUAUAAAUAGUGACAAAACAACAAAAACAUUCUGCGGGACACCCGAUUACAUAGCCCCUGAGAUUAUUUUAUAUCAACCAUAUGGAAAAUCUGUCGACUGGUGGGCGUAUGGUGUGUUAUUGUACGAAAUGUUGGUCGGUCAACCACCGUUUGAUGGCGAAGAUGAAGAGGAACUUUUCGCAGCUAUAACUGAUCAUAAUGUUUCCUAUCCAAAGAGUUUGAGCAAAGAAGCGAAAGAUGUCUGUAAAGGACUCUUGACUAAGAAUCCACAAAAGCGAUUGGGAUGCGGAGCCCGUGGCGAGGAAGACGUUCGUAGUCAUUUAUUCUUCCGUCGUAUCGAUUGGGAAAAAAUAGAAAGUCGUGAAGUUCAACCGCCGUUCAAGCCAAAGAUUAAACAUCGCAAGGAUGUCUCAAACUUCGAUCGACAAUUCACAUCUGAGAAAACUGAUCUAACACCCACCGAUAAAUUAUUUAUGAUGAAUUUGGACCAAACAGAAUUCAAUGGAUUCUCAUAUUUAAAUCCUGAAUUUAUAACACAUAUUUAAGGCAAUUGUGUGUCGUUGCUGGGCACCCCACAUCACCCGAUAAACAAUCAAUUCGAUUGAGGAUAAUUGUAGUCGAAUUAAAUAAAUGAAAAAGAAAAGAAAUUCAGUGUUUAAACAAUCAAUCAUUUUUUCUUUGCAGUCAUCCCUUCAUUAUAAUAGAGUCUCGUAUUCGUAACAAAUUAUAUUAUACUCAUUUUAAACUUAUAAUGAAAAAUAGUAGUUACACCAUCUGGUCUUCAAAAUUUAAAUUAAAUUUAAAAAAGAAAACAUGAAACCGAGAUUGACACAACAAUUGAACCCUUUUCGGAUAUACAAUAAAUUUUUGAGUAGAAAGAAACAUAAAAUAUAAAUGAAAAUGAAGAAGAAAAAGAUUUAAUAAAAUUUUACUAUAAAAUAACUAAAAGCUAAAAUUGCUCUCGACUGAAAAACAAAAACUGUAUUUGUGUUGUUAUGUUGCUAAUACAAUCUAAUUGAAUAUCUUAAUUAAUUUCGUAACAGAAAAAAUCAGAAAUUUCUUGUAGUUAGUGCAAAUUGUAACAAGUAAAACGAAAGUACUUCCCUCGACAACAUACCUUAAGGCAUUGCUGCAUUACAUUUUAAGUUUCCUUCCAAUUGCUUAUUACAAAUCUUUCGUUUAUUAGAAACAUGCUACAGUUUUUGACCGUAAUAACAGGCUAUUAGCAAUGAGCUUCCAAAACGUCAUGCAACGUUCCUUAUUCCUAAUCAUCGAUCACCAAGUUGCUGCAAAGAUAUGUCUGUUUCGGCUGACUUGGAUAGUUCAUUGAUUUGUAUAGUACAUAGCAUGACCCUUAUCACUCUGAAGAUUACUCUUAAACUUGACUUAUUCGUGGUUACUACGAACAAUAUUUUUGAUCCUUUGAGACCUUUGAUAGAACAUUGAAGUUAACCUCUCAAAAAGCAGAGAAACAACUGUUGAACAGAUUUUCAAGGUUGCAGUAGUCACCUGUAUUUUAACAUAAUAAACCACAAUAUUGGUAUACCUUUUGAAUGCUACAAUGAUUUUGCCAUAAAUUCAACCAGGUCAAGUCAAAGUCAAAGUUUAUCGACGCAAGAAUAUCAUCAACAAUCCAAUCUAUCACUUUUUUUUGUCCUAAGUAUUUUCAUCAGAUUCAUUCCAAGUUUUUAGCCGUAUCACAUUAGACCCACACAUUUUGCUAUUAAGGGCCAAAUAAGUAGGGGUCCUCAGUUAUUUUUCUCGUCGCUGUCGAUAACAGUGAUGUCGUGGACGCCAUUAAGAAACUUCAAAACCAGUUUCCAAUAUUGGAAUGAUAAUUCGUUCUACUGUGCGAAAUGUGCUUCUUAAAACAGCCAUAUUCAUGUAGCAUAGGAUUUGUUCAGGCGGACAUAAACUGCUCGUAUGUUUUGUGCUUUAAUUGGAUAAUUUUGUUCUAAUUCAUUGGUAUCAUUGGUAAAAAUGUUGGUCCAAUCAACGACAUAUUUUCUAUCUGUUGCUAAGGCUUCCAUUCGCAACAGUCAGUAAAACGGCUAAUCAUUUGUUAUCAACAGCAAAGACAAAAAAUUGAUGACCUACGGCUAGGUUGGUCUUAUAUGGUAAAAUGUAUGCUCAAACAAAUGUAGUAAAAGAAUUUGUGUUAAGCACUACUCGAUAUUGAAAGCAAAGGAAGUAAUAGAUUUAAAUGUUAUAUAAAUUAUAACGCAAUGCAAUUGCCGUUUCUAUAAGGUUUAAUAAGAUAUCACAAAACCCUGUACUGAUUUUCCUUAACUCCCAUCCCACCCCGAUAUAAUUCCUUUGUGGUAUAGAAGUCGAAACAUAAUAAAAAUAUCAGGAGAUGCUCUAACUUACAAACUAACAAAAAAAUAAAUCUGUAAAUUGAAUUGUUAAAUGGAAGAAAUUUCGAUUCAAAAUAUUUUCGUACUUAAUCGUUAUUAUAAAUUGUGUGAUCUUAUUUUUGGAACAAUUUUUUUUUCCUUUUAAACAAAUUUUAAUUUUAUAAAAAUAUCAAAUGAAUUUCAGUUUGUUUAUUGUAGCAUUGAUAUUAAUAGUAAAGAAGAAAAGAAAAUAACUUUCAUUCUGAAGAUAUGUUUAAUGUUAUUAAAAGAGAAAAUGAUUAUAGAAUUAGUGAAGAAGAAGUGAAGAAAAUGAAAAUAAUAGCAAAAACAUGAAGAAUAAUAACAAGAAACAUUAACUAUAACAAAAUUAAAAUAAACUUUAAAUCUCUUUCGUUUUCAAUGAUUUGAAUUUAUCUUCAAAUUUUGACACAGAUAUUAAAACUGUCUUAUGUGAUAUUACUUACUAUAAAAAGGAUAAAUAUUUAAAAAAAAUGAAAAAAAUUUCUAUUUAAAAAGAAAAAUAAAACAUUUGCAUAAUAAAAAUGAUAUUAACUAAAAACUAUAUUUAAUGAAAAAGUUAAAAAAUAAAACACAAAAAUGAAUCUUGUGAAUAAAAUCUAACAAAUAAAAUAUAAAAAAAUGAUAAAAAGGACCUUAGAUAAAAUUAAACAAAAGAAAAUCUUGUAUUGAAGAACUUUUAGCUAGAUACUUUAAACUAACAUUUACUUGUUUAAAUCAAUACACACUCACCCACACAACGGUAUGUCAAAUUUAUUUUCUAUUUUUUAAAGAAUAAAAUUUUCAUUUUCUUUUGGUCACAGUUUGCAUUUUUCCAUUCAUAUACACACUUUACAGCACCAGAAAGCACACAUCUCUAAAUCAAGACCGAAUAAAUACUCAUAAUACAACACGUACGUGUUUUUCUUUCUGUCCAUAUAAUCACUUUUCACAAAAUAACAUCCAAAUUUAUUCGAUCUCAUCCAUAUGUUUAUUUGGUUGCCAUCAACACUAGCUGUGUUCCUUUUCAACACUUUCCACAAUUAAAUAUUGCUUUGAAUUUUUGAUAAUUAAAAGAAUAAUUUUUUUUUGCUUUUGAUUAUUUUGUUGUUGAAUUUAUCGGGUGAAAAAGUAAUAUAUACACGUGACGUCAUGAGUCAUGAGUGUACCGAUUUUAGUUGUUAUUUUCGUUUUGAUUUAUGUUUUCAUCAAUUAUAAUAAUAUAAGUUGUUGCUAAGAGGAUGAGUAGGACGUUGCUUGAGUCACUCCAGUGAUAGAUAGAUAGACCGGGAGUAUACAACAUAUCGUA